AUGUAUGGUUCUCAGCCUCCUCCGCAUUACGAGGGGGGCUAUCAGAACCCACCACAGCCCGAAUGGCGAUCGAAUCAGCCUCCGCCUUCCGCUUCAUACAAUCCAAACACAUACGGUCCCAUUCAUCCCACCGCGCCUACAGUCUCACCAGCGCCCCCCGUGGGCACUGGCCCAAAUGUAGACACGGCUAGCUGGGGUGUGCGAUACAAUCAACAUAUGGCGCAGGGACCAGCUCCUCCUCCGUUACCGCCUCGAAAUGAUCUAUACUCAGCGCCGUCUCCUCCACCGCCGCCUCCUCCUCCCCGUCCAACUUCAACGUCGGCUCCAGCCCCUCCUCCUCCUCCGCCUCCGCCUACGAACUGGGACUAUAAUAAUACUCCGUACCCACAGUCUACCCAGUCUCCACCAGUGCCCCCUCCAAGACCGCCUAUACCACCUGCUUAUCAGAAUGAAAUGCAGCAAGCUCCACAGCAGUGGCAGGCAAAUCAACAAAACUAUGGUCCUCAAUACUCUCAUCAUCCGCCAACGAAUUUCUAUGAUCCCGGCGCGCAAACAGGACCUCCACCGCAGAGCUCCAUCUAUGCGCCUGUUUCUCUUGAACAAGCAGGACAAAACUACUACCAGGCGCCGAUUCCUCCUCUAGGAAGUCCGACGCCGGCAACGCCAAUGUCAGCGCCGUCGCAGCCGCCACCAAAUACUCUUCCUCCAACUACCGACACGCAAUGGGCAGCAGCACAGCCUACCAAUCCCACGCCCGGAGCAUCAAUACUCGGCAAUGGCGGGGUGUCGGAUUGGGAACAUUUCACUCCAACUCCUGGUGAUAUAGAUGAUUUGUAUCAAAGAAGCCCUACUUUCGGCCAACCUAUGAUUCAACAAAGUAAUACAACAUACACUCCGCAGGACUCUGUACAUGCCUCGCCUCAAUACCAAACUCCCGUGUCUCAAGUGAUGAGCCCGAGCUCUCCAGCUCAGGCACAGUGGGCACCACCGGUCGAAAAUCAGCAUCCGAACAAACACGCCACGUCUCCAUCAUCCCAUCCCCAAAGGACUGGUAGCCCUCAGUCUCAGGAAAGUGCUAUAUCUCCGCAAGAAAGGUCAGAUACUAUUGAUGGUGUUAUUCAGGCUUGGAGCCAGAACCCUGUGUCUCCUAUCAUUAAAGCACAAGAUGAUCCAUAUGCGCCGAGUCCGGCUGCUAUGUCGGCAAAUCCCACGUCACCCACAGCUGCGCAUCCUGCAUCUCCAAAGGCAGUGUCUGCUAAGCCACAGCCUCUCCAAGCAUCUGCAACUUCGGCAUCCCGGAGCGCUUCUCCUCUGACGAUGGAUUCCAACGCUAACCCUGUGGCACAAAAGGAGCAGGCAACUGCCAGGGCAGCGACACUCGCCGCUACUGAAACGACGGCCUCCCCGGUCAGAUUCCAAGAUCCGUAUGAUGACCUCGACCCAUGGUCAAAAUCGUCUUUGUUUCGCUAUGUGACAAUGUUGCGCAAAGAGGCAGUGGCGGAGUCAGAAGAGGAGAAGUACAAAAUCUUUACCGGGUUCGUCGCAAAGGAGACCAGACUACGAGAGGUGCUGUACAGUAUAGAGACUCCCGAGAAGGAAACCAAACCAACAGAACGUGGUGAAGAAGUCAAGAAGACGCCUAGUGCUUCUACGGCUGUUGACUCUGGGCUGAUUUCCCUACACUCUGAAGCGGGCGCUCAGCAUCCUAUUCAAAGUCGACAUGGGUCGGUGGAUUCUGAAGACAUUCCUUACAGUCCCGGUGGACGACCUAUAUUUGGCAAAGCCCCAGCACAAAAUAUCGCGAAAGAACAGGGCACUCUUCACAGGUCAGCGUCAAACCCUCAAGGCAAAGGCGGUGGUUAUCAUGGCGGUGGUUUGGCAGUUCAGCACCAGAAUGAUCUUGCCUUUAGAUCUAUAUCAGUACCACCAUCUUUGAAUAGCUCAAUCGCGCCACAACAAAUUACUCCUCUGGUUUCAGAACCUCCUCAACCUGCUUAUACGCCCUUCCGAUACACCGAAGGUCCUCAGCGCGGUGGAGAAGAACUAAGUGUUGCUCAGCCAGGCUAUCAAGCCUACUCCGCUUUGCGACAAGCAUCUGCCGAAAGUGGGCGUGCCAUGGCAGUACCAACGCUACGAGCCCCAGCAAAUUCUGGCUUGAGUGUCCAGAAACCUUCGGCAAGUAUUCAAAUGGAUGAAACAUUCCUGGGUAUCAUCCGAGAAAAGAGUGUUUCUUACAGAGGGAAGAAUGCAUUACCUGCAUCGGGAAGUGGUAUUGAAGAACUUGGUGCCUUGAUCCCAGAUCCAUUUCCGGUAUUGGAAGAAAGCGUUGAAAUUAGCAACAUAAGGAAAAAGAUGGAGGUUUACUCUGAUGAUUUUAGGUAUAUCUACGUUACCACAGAAAACUGGGAGUUGUCUGCCAGAGAUCGUCGCGAAGCUCUGGAAAAGGAGCGUCUCCAUCGUCAAGAAGCAUCGGAGUCACAUAUUGAUGCCCUUUUCAACGAAAAGGAGAUUGGUUAUGCCGAUAUCAAUCCUCUUGAGGAGGAGUUUCGACAAAUUGAGGCUCGUACCCAGCUUGAGGAAGAGCGCAAAGAGCUUGACAGCUACAUUCGGAGGGUCUUCAAUGCGGUGGACACACGACUCAAGGAAGAGAUUGUGGAGCUCAAAGCCCUGUAUCAAAGAGCGUUGGACGAACUCAACUAUGACAAGAUUCACUCAAAUCCCAACUCCAAAUAUCAAAUAUCGCGCACAAUGAAGACGAUCAAUACGUUGUCUGGCAAGUUGGAAGCCCGCUAUCAGAGACGACUUGACGUUGGCCUUGAUCGGGAACGACAUCGAAAGAAGGCUGAAAGACGACCCCUGGUGUUCCUCGGAGAUUCUCGCGCACUAAAGAAGCUGGACGCCGACUUUGAAAAGAUGGAAAAGCAGAAUAUUGUGGAAGCUGCUAAAGAUCGAGACGCACGAGCGAACAAGUUGACGGAUAUAUUCGACGAAGCCAUUCUUCACGCUUUGGGUGAUCAUCAGAGUGUCCUUGACGGGAUGGCGACGAAGACGCGCAAACUCGAUGUGGGCAUGGUUGAGCGGAGCAAUCUGUCAGAAGUGGACAAGGAGUUAUUGCUACGGUCGAUUUCUGCGCUCACCAAACUGCUUUCGGAAGAUGCGGAGUCUAUGUUGACAAGCUUUCGGGAGGCCGAUAGUCGCCUGAAUGAGGCUGAUUACAACGUCUCUGUGGCUGAAGCUCAGUACGCAAAUGCGGAUCCCGAAGUGUUCCGUCGUCUGGAAGAAGAAAAGAAGAAAGAGGAUGGCAAGAUUCAAGAAGACCAUAAUUCGAAGCUGGAGAGCAUCAAGAAAGCCCCGACCGAGAUAUCAAACAAGAUCGACUCGGUAUUGAGCGCAAUGCACAAGGAACCCGGUCCAGGCCCGGGACCAUGGCGUCGACCCUUGUCGCUCGUCGACAAGCUUUCUGUACCACCACAACAGCCGCAAACGCGCUCUCGCUCUCCGUCGGUAGCGUUACCAGAGCGGCACGAUACUCCCAUUCAGGAAGAGCCUCAUCCCGGCGAAGUACUAAUGCCGGGCCCUCCACCUCGACGAUCAUCCGUGGAAACAGAGCAACAAGAACGACAUCGAAAGGCUCUUGAGGAUGCGAAGAAACGCAAUGCAGCGAAGAAUUAUACUCCUUGA